ACUUGAAGUAUACAUUUCCACAUUGCUAAGAGUUGAAUAUUUAUACACGUGAAUUUGAAUUAAAAAUUCACCGACUGUUUAAGAACAACGUGGUAAUUUAAGUUUAUAAAAAUGACGAAAAUUAGAAAGGUGAAACGUAGAAAGAAAUAUCGUAUGAAUGUAAAUCGUAAACGAUUGCGAAAUAAAUUGCGAAAACUGCCGACAAUAAAUUGUUCUCAAAUAAAGCAAUCGUGGGAAGCAACAAAAUCCACACGGACUAAUUUGAAUCAAAUGGGAUUAGCAUAUAAUCCAAAUGAUGCUUUACAGAUACCCAAUACAAAGAGAGAGCUUAUUAAAGAAGUAUUAAAAAAAAAAGACGAAAAUGAUGAAGAUAAAUUACAAACUGAAGAAGAAGAUGUUGAAAUGAUACCUCCAAAAGUACAUGUGGCACAAGAACUUGAAGCAGAAGCAAAGUUACCAAGAAGGAAAAUGUUUAAGCUACCAAAUAGCCAAGUAUACUUUCUUACUUACUUAAUGGACAAGUACGGAGAAGAUUACAAGGCUAUGGCACUAGAUAAGAAGAAUUACAAUCAAUUAACAUGGAAACAAAUACGUGCUAAAAUUAAAAUAUUUAAAGGCAUCCCUGAGCAAUACAAUGAAUAUCUUCAAAACAAAAGCACAUAAUAGUAAUUAGUUUCUUAUAUUGUUUAACACAAGUAUAUUUCAAUUUUAAUACAAAUUCGUAUAUAAAAUAUAGCAGUAUAAAAGGAAUAAAUUAAUUAAUAUUGUUAAUUAGGUAAGUACAAAAACAUUAGCCAACGCAAAACAAUGCUUAUUGUAUAAAAAACAGAUUCAUAUCAUGUAUAUGUUAUGUAUAAUACUGUAUGUUACAAAUGAAUAAAGUUGAUAUUUAUUUCUAAA